AUGGCUUUCCUUCGCCGCCGAGGCAACAACAAUAUGUCUAGUGAGACUGAUGUGCGCCGACACACAUUCUUUGAAUCCAGCGCAUCCGGCGACAUUGCUCCUGCGCUUUCCUCUCAGCCCUUUCAGAACAACCACGAAGACGCUGGCGAGUUUUCCCACUCCCCGUCAUGCCACGAUCUACCUCGCGACCCUACCGCUAGCCGUACUGAAGACCCUCGCGAGAGUCAUACUGAAAGUCGCCCUGAUAUUGAAGGACAAGGAGAGAACCGUCCGGAUACCCCUCCCAUACAAGAUGAAAACAGCAAGCAUCAUCGCUUUUCCGUCUUACGCUUUCGAAACGCGAGUGAUUCCCAACUAUCCCUCCGAGUCAAACAGCAGUCUGAACAAACACCUCCCGUGCCCCGACCUCCCGAAAUUAUCACCACCGCCCCUACGAAUGAAUUCACCGGUCCAAAGAAAAAGUCAUCUAGGAUAAGCUUGGCUGCCAGGUUUCGCCGCUCAACAGAUAUACCUCGUGAGGACAAUCAUUCCAAUAAUAACUUCGAGCGUCAAAAAACACUUCGGAAAUCCUUUACUGACGACAGGCGACGGCCUGCGCUUGAGACUUUGGACGAGCCAGAGUCUCCACGACCAUCUACAACGGCCACAACAAGUAGUCCUAAUGGAACUAUUUUGACACCCCCAAAUCGACCGUCCGAGUCAUCAAGAUCCGAUGCCAGCUCCAACGAUCGCAUAUCUCACCAGAGUUCGUCUUUCCAAAGCCCGGAAACAACACCCAAGAAAUCUGGACCAUUUUUUAGAUUACGGAGACAUAAGAAAGCCCCGGAACCCUUGUUCCCGUUUGCGCAUCUUCAACAGCAAGGAAAGACACAGCCUGGUAUAUCGUCUACUUCGUCUCUUGGUAUCUCGACAACUCCACGUCCAGCAUCAGCCCAAAGUAGUAGAACAGCUAGUGGGAAGACUGCAAAAGGCACACCGGACUUACAAACAGCUCAAUCGCCUGCCACAGCGUUGAUCGCACCUGGCAGUACCCAAUCGGGCCAUUCCUCACCAACAAGGGGUAACUUAUUGCGAGGGAGGUCCUCUACUAUGAGUUCGAUAGGCCGAGACUCCAACGAUGAUCACCUCUUACCACCAACGACUCGUACGUCGUCUUCGACUGGCCGUAAAAGUUUUGGUGAUUUGUUCGGACUGAGUCGUCUACGGCAGAAUUCCGAGCUUAGCCGCCAGGGCACGUUGACUCCUACCACGCCUGCCUCUAUUGGGUCCAAAAACAACUCGCUUCAGCUUGCUAGGGAUUCGUUUGUUCUCCCAGAACGCUAUGAAGACGAGUCACCCAACAAGUACCUUGGCCGCGUCGAAGAAGUUGCAAGCCGGGGUAUCAUUGCUGCUACUCUAUCGAAGAGUGCUGAUCCGUUCAUGAUAUCUGUCCUUCGGAGCUACAUGCGUACCUUUGGCUUCUUUGGUGACCCCAUGGAUAUGGCGAUCCGCAAACUUCUUAUGGAAGCUGAGCUACCCAAGGAAACUCAGCAGAUCGACCGCUGUCUACAGGCUUUUGCAAACCGCUACCACGAGUGCAAUCCGGGCAUUUAUUCGUCACCUGAUCAAGCAUAUUUUAUCGCAUUUUCCUUACUCAUUCUACACACUGAUGUCUUCAACAAGAACAACAAGCACAAGAUGCAAAAAUCUGAUUACUUGAAAAACACGAACGGAGAGGGCAUUUUUGACGACAUUCUGGAAUGUUUUUAUGACAACAUUACUUAUACCCCUUUUAUUCACGUUGAGGAUGAUUUAGACCCGACCAGUGAUCGCUUUGCUUCACACAAGUCACGACGAAAACCUUUACUCCCCUCCACAGUUAAUGACCCUGCAAAACGGGCUAUUAAGGAGCCCAUUGAUCCAUAUACCUUGAUCCUCGAUGGAAUGUUGGAUGCCCUGCGGCCUAAUCUGAAAGAAGCAAUGGAGUUAGAUGACCACUACAACUACUUAGGCUCUGCGCCCAGCCUGAACUUGAAGGAUUUGCAAAAGACAUUUUUCAAGACGGGUGUUUUACAGAUCGUGUCAGCUCGAUCUCGGCCAGAUGCUUUCAUGACAGAACAAACAGCAAGCAAUCCUGCUGAAGCACACCCCGGAAUUGUCGACAUAAAGGUCACAAAGGUGGGCUUGCUUUGGCGGAAGGAUGCAAAGAAACGCAAGGCACGGUCUCCUUGGCAGGAAUGGGGAGCAAUUCUCACCGGGGCACAACUCUAUUUCUUCCGAAACACAGGCUGGGUUAAGUCACUUAUGCACCAGUACGAUAACCAUAUCAAAGCAGGGCAUGAUGGCAUACCGUUGAUCUUCAACCCACCACUUCAAGAGUUCAAACCAGAUGGCCUUAUGUCUACUUAUGCCGCAGUUGCUCUUCAUGAUGCGGCUUAUAAGAAGCAUAAGAAUGCUUUUGUAUACGUACGACAGGGUGGCCUGGAAGAAGUGCUCUUGGCAGACAAUGAGGAGGAGAUGAAUGACUGGCUCGCCAAGCUUAAUUAUGCAGCCGCCUUCCGGACCACAGGGGUUAAGAUGCGCGGUGUCGUGGGCGGCAAUUACGAUGGCCAAAGUCGUCGUGGCAUGCGAAGGCUUGACAGUGCCGAUGCCGCCACGCUUAUUCAAACACCAACAGGUCCUGUAUCGAUCGCGCGAAGUCUCAUAGACCACAAGAUGGCCGAAGACAUCUCGGCUGCUCGGCGAGAUGUUAUGAAGCAGAAAAUUGCAGAGGCCGAAGAGAACGUCCAGGAGAUCCAGCAGCAGCUCGAGGACCAGCUCAGAAACGCGCGCCAUCUCCAAAUCCUUGCACCGAUUCAGCCUAGAACAAGAGAACAGCUCUUGUCUGCCGCUGCACGGAUAUCAGCUCAGCUCAAGUGGAGCCGUCAAGAGAUGUGGAAAUCAAAGUGCCAUCGCGAUAUAUUGAUACUUGACCUUGAGGAAGAAUAUCCAUCUACGAGUCUCACUCCCACGAAGCAGCAGUCGAAUCGACUUUCGCAGAGGACCGGGUCACCAACUCCACGAGCCAACAUAGGACGCCGAGGGUCAAGGUCGACUCAUCACUCUGGAACCGAAGGCGAUCCCAGAACACCCACGGAGCCUCAAGUCGUCCACCUACCAAACUCUGAAACUACCGAGGAUGUAGAUUCGCCCUUGGACCAAGUUUUCACCACACCUCCCCAAAGCGCAACAAAACGCCGACACAGCUCACGCGACCUUUCUUUCGCCAGACCGGAUGCUGCUAGUACAAGACAUGGUUCCAUAUCAAGCAUAGCCCAGUCUCCUAUCGCAUCACUGCCUCCGACCCCGUUGACCAAGCCUCUUUCACAAGACGAAACCCCCAAGUCGCCGCAACGCCCCGAGGAUGACAAACGUCAAGACCCUGAUGCUGAUGAGCAGGAUUUCCUGGAGCAAGCAGGUCUGCUCGAACAACGACCCAGCCGUGAUCCCACAGAUAAAGCAACUGUCUCGACUGGUGCCGAUGUUACUUCUGAGUCGGGCACAUCCACGGACAAGCUCGAUAGAAGUAAGAUCCGUCGUAGUCUCCAGCGAACUUUCAGAGAGGGCGCCGGACACCUGUCACAUCACCGUGGUAGCCGCAAAGGCAAGGAAGUAGCCGGAUCAGGAGAGGAAUCGGGGCAGGAUCACCAGCUCGCUAGAGGCACAGGAAGUUUUGUUGUUCAUGGAAAGAAGGCAUCGGUCAUCAACUUUGGUGAUGGCUUGCAGAACAUGAGCCAUGACGAAAAGAUCCGUGCCCGAAAGUCGUCACAGCAACACGAUUUCCCGCUAUCUCCUAUGCCAAGCGGUCCCGAGGAUGAUGAUUUCCAUUCUGCUGUUGGUGUCCCUGUUGAAACGACUGAGCGCAGAGAGUCUAUUGCGAGCGCAAGCACUGCAACCGCCCGAAGCUUUCGUGAGCUACAUAGAAAAUACUCGACUGCGCAGGCGACUAGAAGCACGUCCGCUGGUGGCAGGUUAGCGAUACCUUCGGACACGGAGAGUGAGGUUGCAGUUAGUUUCUCAGAUGGUCGCCGAAGCCCUUUGCCUCCUAUGGAAACAGAGACGGAUGAGGAAGUUGACGAUGCCGGUGUUAAGAGAGGUCGAAGUGUCAAGAAAGAAGAGUUUGAGAGUCGAGACUCGGAUGCGGAGUCGCUCCAGGAUGUUGAGCAGCUUCCGAGUCGCACUAUGCAGCCUGUUAACGCCUGA